AUGAAGUUGAGCAAUCACCAAAUCCUAGCAAACGUCCCUUUCUUUCCUGAACUGGAACUUCAAAAUUGGCCCCCAAACCCUAACUGCUUCUAUUUUCCCCAGUCCUUCUCUCCGGUUCCGAUCCCUUUCAAUGACCCUCCAAAGGUCCAAAAUCACGUUCAGGGGCCGCCGGAAUUUCCCGGCGACGGCGAGAACUCUCCUCCCGUUCUAGAGGGCAUCGCCGCCGUCGUCGGCGAGCGCGUCCUCUUCGGUGACCGGGCGGGAAAGGGUUCGCGGCCGCCGGAGGAAGGCGUGGAGGGCGGCGGCGGCGCGAGGAGGAGCUACCGGGGAGUGCGGAAGAGGCCGUGGGGACGGUGGUCGGCGGAGAUAAGGGACCGGAUAGGGCGGUGUCGGCACUGGCUGGGGACGUUCGACACGGCGGAGGAGGCGGCGCGUGCGUACGACGCGGCGGCGAGGCGGCUGAGAGGGGCGAAGGCGCGGACCAACUUCCAGGUGCCGUCCGUGCUGCCGGUGCCCUCCUCCUCGUCCUCGUCAAAUUCCGAGCGGAAGAGGAAGAGGAAAGGCGGCGGCGGAGAUGGGUGCUCCGGCAGGGGGAGGAAGCUGGUGGUGACGUCGGCGGAGCAGCUGUUCGGGUCGGAUCCGGUUGCCGGAGAGAGGAAAACGGGUCUUAGUUUGGAGCUUGGAUUGAUGGUCAACGGGGGUUCUAGCGACAAUGCAAGGGCUGGGUAUAAUACUAUAAUUAAUUAG